AGAGCCGAAGAUGUCGGCUCGUUCAUGUGAUCAGCUGUGUCCAAUCACAGCUGAUUGCCGGCAUUUCUCUCCUCACGAGCUGUCACGCUGACAGCUCAAGAGGAGAGGAGAGCCUGUAAUCGGCAUUCCUCAGAGGGGACAUGUACAAUGAUCAUCAGAGCAAUGAUGAUCAGUGUGCCCUGAUGAUCUGUGCAGCCCCAGCAGUGCCACCUGUCAGUGCUCAUCCAUGCCACCUGCCAGUGCCCAUCAGUGCCAACCAGUGCACAUCAAUUCCACAUAUCAGCGCCCAUCUGAGCUGCCUAUCAGUGCCAGUCAGAGCCGCCUAUCAGUGCAAUAUAUGAGUGCUGCCUUUCAGUGCCCAUCAGUGAUGCCUGUCAAUGCCCAUCAGUGCCACCUACCAGUGCCUCCUCAUCAGUG